CUGCACUCUCGCCAUAUUUUCAAUCCCGUGGAGCCUGCAGACCGGCUUGCUGCUGAAUCACACAAAACACCAUUAAGUGUGAAGACGAUCUACUUAACAGGAUCAAAGGGACACACACACAUAUAUAUAUAUAUAGAUAUAUAUAGUGUCUGUUAUUUCAUUCUGCAACAAUGAACAUCUUCAGACUGACAGGAGACCUCUCUCAUCUGGCUGCUAUCAUCAUCCUGCUGCUCAAAAUAUGGAAAAGCAGGUCAUGUGCAGGUAUCUCUGGAAAGAGCCAAAUCCUGUUCGCUAUAGUGUUCACCACACGCUACUUGGAUCUGCUCACCGCCUUCAUCUCCCUCUAUAACUCAUGCAUGAAGGUGAUCUACAUCGGCUGUGCGUUCGCCACCGUCUACCUGAUCUACGUGAAGUUCAGGGCCACCUACGAUGGCAACCAUGACAGUUUCAGAGUGGAGUUCCUGGUUGUUCCUGUCGGGGGUCUUGCUGUUCUCAUCAACCAUGACUUCUCUCUCCUGGAGAUCCUGUGGACGUUCUCCAUCUACCUGGAGUCGGUGGCUAUCCUGCCGCAGCUCUUCAUGAUCAGCAAGACUGGCGAGGCAGAGACGAUCACCACCCACUACCUGUUCUGCCUGGGCCUGUAUCGGGCCCUCUAUCUCUUCAACUGGAUCUGGCGUUUCUACUUUGAAGGCUUCUUUGACAUGAUCGCCAUUGUGGCCGGUUUGGUCCAGACUGUCCUCUACUGUGACUUCUUCUACCUUUAUGUCACCAAAGUGUUGAAAGGCAAGAAGCUGAGCCUGCCGGCGUAAAACAUGCAGAAGGAGACGGAGACUCCCAGCAGACUCAGGGGGGUGUGGAGAUGACAUCAUGUAAUCUCGUGACCUACAGCAAAACAUGCCUGAGACAGAGAGCCAACUAUCGGGGGAAAAACACUAGUCUUCUUGAUGAUUGCUGAUGGAUCUGGUAAAUGCCAACAAAAACCAGAGCUGAACAAAAAUCACACCUGGUCAACUUUUGGAUUUCUGCGUUCAGCAUCUUGCCUUAAACUUCUUUCAUUGCUGUUCAAAAUAGGAGAAAAGGCUUUUUUUUUUUUCUACAUCUGAGGUGUAUACGCUUGUUUUUUAAUUUUUUUUUAUAAUGUCACAAAUAGGGUUGAGAAGUACCUUGUUUGACUUGGUAAUAAAAUGCACAAAUGUACAGUCUUAUUAAAGAGUGAGAUAAAGAGGUAAUGUAUCUGAGUGCCUGAUGAGGAUUAUGUUCACUUUCUCCCAGUAUUUUUUUUUUUUUUUUUAUGCCGUUAUUUUGCAUAUGCCGUUAUACAUGUACCUUCUCAUGGGAAUAUUUAAAGAUGCCAAUAGCAACAGUAGCAACAAUAGUUACACGCCAACACACAUGCAUUUUGUAAAAGCAUUGCUUUCUAAAACUGCUCAAAGGAACAUUUUAACUAUAUAUAAAUCUGAAACUUUUUGUAAACAAAACUCGGUAGAGGAUUUUUAGUUCCAUCUCAAGUAAACUAUGAAAUAAAUUAAUUUAAUGUCACCAAUCAGUUGGACAAAGAUGUCAGUAUUUUCAAAUGGUGGAUAUCUUAUUUGGAAUUAAACCUUUCACAGGUUUAUUGAUCUUUUAUUCCCCGGCUUACUGUAUUGAAGAAAAUAAAAUGCAUACAUUUUCCGACAGCUUUAAUGUGAACAAUGCUACAUCACAUUUCUGAUGUAGAUAGAGCACAAACUUUGUUUCCACUAGCAUUGGACCCAAUUAAAACACUCAUCAACACCUUCAAACGGUGACUUGUUGGUUGACAUCAAUGACUUCAAGAGUAAAGCAAUAAGGAAUCAUUUAAUGAUGAUAUUUUGCAUUAAAAUCCUUUAUCACUUUGACUGGUUGUGACAUUUCAAGUGUUAACUGUAUGUCCAAUUAAACUGAUUUGACAUGGUGCUGGUCUAUAAUCGAGGAGUAAUGUUCAAUGGGUGCAUUUAUAUUCAAUUUAAAAGCCUCUUGAUAACUUACUUUUUUUUUUACUUCAAAUUAGUCAUUCAUAAAGAUUUUUUUCAACUUUUGUUGAUGUCUUUUUUUGCAUGCUAUCACCUCCAUUAAAGAUUUUAUGA